AUAUGCAUGACUUUACAUAAAUAUGUAUGCCUUUAGCAAAGGAAAAACUCAUUUGUUUUAAUUAUACUAAAAGUGCAUCUUGCUUUAAGUAAGUUGAUGUGCCUUCAUUGAAAAGUUCCCUAAAAAAAGUAACUAUAGUAAAUCUCUAAGUUUGUGGAAAUUAUAGUACUGGCUACAAUGUUCUUUUCAAUUUAAUUCCAGAUUUCCCAAUUCUUCUACCAAGAUUUUUAUGAAAUAAGGUGAUGAUGAGUUGUAGACAAUCUUAUUUUCCUGAACUCUCACAGAGUAUUGCUCUAUAUGACAACAAAAGUGGGGAUUGCAUGGUUUCUGUCAAUUAAUCACAGUCUACAUUUGUAUCCCAUUCAUAGGUAUUGGUGGGUUUCCAUUGUUUUUCACUUACAGUGCACCAAUUAUAUUUAAUUCUAUUGUUUCAGAGAUGUCAGCCUAUGAUGACCUGAACAGACGGACAGCAAACAAGCUUAAUGCUGUUGUUGUGGGAGUAGACUACAAACUUGCUCCUCAGUAUCCAUUCCCAGCUGCCCUGGAAGACUGUAUUUUUGUGAUCAAGUUCUUUCUCCAGGAUAAAGUGCUCGCAGAAUAUGGAGUGGAUACCACUAGAAUCUGCAUUACAGGAGAAAGUUCUGGGGGAACCUUAGCAGCAACAGUGGUUCAACUGCUACAGAAUGAUCCAGAAUACAAAGACAGAAUUAAGGCACAAGCCUUGAUUUACCCUGGCCUGCAGUCAACUGACACCCUUCUGCCAUCUCAUCGAGAGUAUGAACAUGGUCCAAUUCUGUCCAGAGAGAUGACAGUUAAGUUGGCGUGCCUGUAUGUGGCUGAAGACAAAGCUCUGCUCCAGGCUGCACUGAGAAAUGAACACAUGCCUGAAGGAUCAAGACACCUGUUCAAGUUUGUUAACUGGAGUGACUUACUUCCUGAGAAGUUUAAAAAGAACCAUGUUUACACUGAGCCCGUUCUUGGAAAACUGAAUGAUUCCUACCCAGCACUUGUGGAUAGCAGAGCAUCCCCUUUGCUAGCCAGUGACUUCCAGUUACAGAGUUUGCCUCUGACCUACAUCGUCACUUGUGAACAUGACCUUAUAAGAGAUGAUGGUCUCAUGUAUGUAACACGGCUUAGAAAUGUUGGGGUUCCAGUUACUCAUGACCACAUAGAGAAAGGAAUCCAUGGAGCCAUGUCAUUUACCAGAGCUCCAGUGUUUCUACAGCUAGGAUUAAGAAUGAGAGAUAGGUAUAUUAGUUGGUUAGAAGAAAAUUUAUAAACAAAUCUUACAUGUAGCUAGGCAGUCCAUAUGAUGAAUGAGAAUGGCUUUGGAUAAAGCUGCAUUUCAAUUUGAAUGAAGAUGAUUGUGUAUGUUUGAGGAAAUUACUUCAUCUUCUCAAUUUUAAAAAUUUUGCUAAAAUGAUAAUGUCCAUGUCAUUAUUCCCAUUAAUUAUUGUUUGUUAGGAAAGAUGUACUCUGAGUAUUCAAAAAUGGUAGGAUAAUGAAAAAAUGUGAUGAGAUUCAAGGAUAUGAUAUGAAAGGAGUCAUGAGGACUGGGUGGGUUGGCAUAUUACUCUCCAGCAUUCUAGAGGCAAUAAUCCGUGAGAUCAAGACCAGGCUGGUCUUUGUAGCUAAUUCUCCUCUACUCAUUGUUAUACAGAGGCAUGCAGUCUCAAAAAAAACUUCAAAAAUAUUAAACAAAAGAAACCAUGAAUGAGGAGAAAGUCUGAUAAAGAACUAUUACAAGGACAUUCUUAUGGACUAAGCUUUAUACUGUACUUCUGCCAUGUUUUUUCCAGUCAUGUUUUGUCCAUACAUUAUUUUGGUCUGCUCUAGGUAAAUUAAGCUAAUUGUUCUUUUCACUCACUUGCCAUGAAAACUGUAUACUGCUUUUUACAAAAAUGCUUUGUGUAUUGGAGGAAAAGUUUAAUAUCUGGAUUGUAAAUUGUUCCUAAAGCUUAAAUAUUUACUCAUACUUUUGUAAAAUCAAACUUGAAGGGACCUACAUGGAUUGCAUUCAUUGAUAAACAGUGUCUCUUGAUGCAGCCAACUGUAUAUUGCAGGUGGAGUUAUUUAUAGUAUCCUCUUGAAUUUCUGUCAUGAAUCAUUGUGCACAUGGAGGCUGCAUAUGCAAGGACUUAUCUGAGUUGUUGGUGAUUUCCAAAUCUGUUUGCUUCCCUAUGAUGAUGGGACCCAUGCUCCUGUCAGCACAAAUCAACUCAUAAAUAUCUGCAUUUCGGCUGGGAAGUAUUGAAAUUAAUGUUUAAUUUUCUUAUGUCCUAGUGCUUCUGCUUCUUGUGCAUGGUUGUUUGAACUUGCUUGUGCUUUUUAUUAAAUGCCAAAUAAACCUUCUGAAAUGGAA